GACGAAAUAUAACUCAUUUGAAAGGCUUUCUUGAAUUAAGGCCAAGUCUAUACAUGUUAUUGGAAUCAACCUGGGUAUAAGAAAAAGAAUACGACAUGUAUACUCUUUGUUGAAGCACUUUUAAGCACAUAAAGGCAAUAGACUGAGAGAACAGAAAAAAAAGAAGCUAAUAAAAUUAUGCAUGAUAAAGAAUAGAGAUUGGUUUAUUGAAGGAGAAAGCAGCCCAAAAAAAGGUUGAUGUGAAGUGAAAGUUGCUCCUACAAAGGGAUAAACACAGAGGUAUUAAUUGGUGGAGUUCCAAUCAGCUUCAAGUGUUUUGUUGUGUCUUUGUGUGUGUGUCGUGUGUGUCAGCAAACAAGACCUACCCAUCUCUCUUUCUCUAUCUCUCUCAUAUUCUUACUACUUUUCUCCACUUAUUACAAAACUCAAAAGCAUUUGUAGUGAGUCUAUUCUUUCCUUAUAUAGCAUCAACUUCUGCUCCCACUUAUGAGAUAAAAAACUAAAUUUUUAUGCUUCUUUUUUUCUUAGGCUAUAUAGCUAUUAGUCCAGAAGGUGAGAGCGAAAGAGACAAUUGAAGGGAACAAAACCAUCACCUGGAAAAUUAUAUACCCUCUUUGCCCCUCAUGGAGUCUUCCAGCGGAAAGCCAAGAUCAUCUGAUUCCUCAUGCAUCGUUUCUGCAUCCACCACUCUUCCAUUUCCAGAUUCCCCAAAGCUGAACCUAAAAAAUUACAACAGAGACGCAGAAGCGGCACGAGAUCAUGACCAAAUAGAAGGAGAGGAAGGUGUAAGGCUUGAACUUAUGCUAGCAGGAUAUGAUUCUAGUCAACCACAGCUCAAUCAAGAACUCAAUCUCCUCAACUGCUUAGAGGCAGGUGUAGUCACUCCAAGUUUUAACGGGUCAAGUUCCACUGAACAGAAGCUCUUCUCAUGCAACUACUGUCAAAGAACAUUCUACAGCUCACAGGCGCUUGGUGGUCACCAAAACGCCCACAAAAGAGAAAGGACUUUGGCAAAGCGAGGGCAACGGAUGGCAUCUGCCGCAGCUUUCGGGCAUCCAUAUAGCUUUGCUCCAGUCCCGUUCCAUGGGCAGUACAGCAACAGAUCCUUGGGUAUUCAGGCGCACUCAAUGAGUCACAAGCUAAGUUCAUAUAACGUGUUUGGUGGUGAGUAUGGUCAGAUCAAUUGGUCAAGGAUACCACUAGUUCAGCAACCAGCCAUAGGAAAACUAACUUCAACAGAGAAUCAUUAUAAUCAUCAUCAGAUGAUGAUUGCUCCACCGUUGACUUCCACAUGUGAAAACAUCGGUAGGUUCGAUGUUGGAAGGAUUCCAGUAGAUUUACCAACUUCCGAACUAUGGCAGAGAGGCGAGGAAUUGUUGAAGCCAGCUGAAGAAGAACAGCAGAAGAACCUUGACUUGUCCCUUAAACUCUGAAAUUCUUUUCUUUUCUUUUUUUUGGGUUUUGCUCUGAAAUUGGUUUCCUUGAGCCAAGUCUCUCCUCGAGCUUUUUUUUCUUUGUGCUGGUUUUUUGUUGUCAUUGAUGUCUACACCAGUAUUAUUCAAUUGUUAGUAAUCUUGUGAGUAUAUCUUCUACCAUAGAUUUAUGAUGUACAUCUUUCCACAUUUCUACAAGUUUGAGUUUUUCAACUAGA